AGUCAGACUAGUGACGGUAGUCAGAGUAGAUCUAGUAAACUGUAAUUAUAGUCACAUAUAGUCUAGUCUAGUACUAGUAACGUAACUAGUACUGUAGGGCCUACCUACUCUCUAGAGUCUAGAUUAUCAUGACUAGUCAUGACGUUACUUUAGAAUACUUUACUAGAUCAAUAUUAGAUCUAGACAUAGUUAUCAUAGAUUCUAAUAUUAUUUAUCAUCAUGACAUCCAUACUAGACCAAGAACUUCUGAAUCUGAUCAGUGUGUGCUAUGUUAGGUGUGCUAUGUCAGGUGUGUUGUCUAAAAAAAUACAAAGAUUUUAUAUCAAAGUGCUUCAUCAAAUAAAUAGAAUUAAAAUGGCAAGUUUUGCAGAACAGCUUAAAGCUAUUCAACUGAAAAAAAAUUCUGAACCAAUCAAAGAUUAUUCUAGUCCAAAAUUAGGAGGUUUCAUGAAACAAGAAGAAAUAGAUGAAUACCAAAAUAAUGUUCUAGAUGUUAACAUUGAGACUUGGUUUGAAUUGAUUAAAGAACACAGCUUUUCUAGCACAUUUUUACAUAUAUCAAGUGAAGAAGCAAAAUUAUUUGUUAAAAUCUGAGCGUCACUAGAACCAGAGGUAAUCGCUUAUACCAGUUGGCAAAACUAUUUAUCUAAAGAAGAACAGCAUGUUAUUUCCAAUUUAUCAGAAAGACUCCAAGACAAAAUGGACCAAUUUAUUGAGCAAGAAGGUGGCUUUGUCUUUGUCAAAUUAUCUAGCCGUAGCCCAAAAGAUGCACCUAUGGUUCAGAGCCAGUUCAAAACUAUCUAUAUGCAACAUUUGAUGAAAGCGAAUCCUUCUGAUCGCUUCAAUGAAAACACUCAAAUAAAGUGUUUACUGCAAGCAAAUUUUGAAUCUCUGCGAAUGUCAUCUUCCGAAGUUCUAGAUGCUUGUUUAAGAAGUGAAAGAGUUUAUCAAGAUAUGCUGUUAGCUCUGGCUGUACCAGAGCGGUUUAGAGAAAAUUUUAUAAUUAGAAAAUUUGUGAAUUUUGAUGUGGACAUGGAGUUUAGAGGAUUUGUUUACAACCAAAGACUAACUGCUUUGUCGCAAUACAAUUAUUUGAUUUUCUCAGAGAGACUAAAGAAUGAGAGAAAUUUCUACCUGAAACUCAUUCAGAAUUUUUUUCUGCAAUUUAUUGCUCCUAAACUAGAACAUUUCGUUUCAAACUAUAUCAUUGAUUUUGGAGUUUGUGAUAAUGGCUCACAGGUGUGGGUGAUAGAGAUAAACCCAUUUUUGAUAACAACUGACGCGGCUCUGUUUAGCUGGGAGCACGAGAGACAUCUUUUGGAAAGUGCCGGUGAAGAAACUCUCUUUAGAGUGAUAGAGAAACCUAGGCCUGGAGCCAAAGCGAUGCUUCCUUUUGGAAUGAAACAACUUAUUAAAACUCUAGAUCUAGAAGCGUCAAUAGAAAAAUCAUGAGACAAACUUGAUUUUCUUAACAACGAAAAAAAAAAUACUUGAAAAAAUAAGCUCUUCUAAGAAGAACUCUGCAUUUACAACUUUAUCUUUCAAUAAUGGAGAAGCUAUUUCUCUUCAACGAUAUCAAACGAAAUAAAAUGAUUCAAAUGUUUUUUUUUAGGUUUCAACUUGAUCCGAGAAUGAGUGUGGGAGAAAUAACGUGUUCAAACUUUUUAGUAGACAGUGAGUUGAUAUAAGCUUUGUAAAAAGUGGUUCCAAGCACGAUGAGCACACUGCUUAUCCUUUAUAAUAUUCUAUUGUUACAUUCGUAGCUCAUGUAAAGUCGGGUGCAUUGUAUAGAGUUAAAGUGUCGAUCUGAAGUUCCCGGCUUUAAGCCCUGGUGGGUGACAAUCUGCUAAAUACCUGGGAACGGAAAAUACUUAGAAAACUCUAUGGUGCUUUAUAAGAUGAAACUGAGUGGAGGACACGCACUAAACCUGAGAGUCACCUAUAGUGACGGAAAAAAAAAACAGACUUUGCAGGACAGGUUACCUUGAAAGAAUAUCAUAGAACAGAGGAGCAAAGUUGUAUACAGGCAAAAAACAAAUGGCAGGCGACUCAAAGGCAGACCACGAAUACGAUGGAUUGACGAUGCAGCGGCAGUUCGGGCAUGGAGGCUAAAAGCUCAAGAGAUAUCUCAAUGGAAAGAUGUGCUGAAGCAGACCAGAGCCCUUCAAGGGCUGUAACGCCACUGGGAUGGAUGGAGAGACAUUAAGAGAUGUAGUGAGUGUAAAAACCUUGGCUACUAGGCAUCUAGCUUAAGCAGGUGCACGUGAAGGCAUAUCAAGAAAAAAAAAACACGGGGCCACAGGACACUAUAAGUGUGCCAAAACCGUAUCUUAAAUUAAUUUACAUCCUAUUAAUCGUUUGUAAUGAGUGAGUUAAAUAUUUCUUGAAAUAUAAGUUGACCCCUCUCCAGCAAAACUGUCAAACUACGUCAUUAGUUGUUGUGCAGGCCUUACCCAACCUGUUUAAACCAGAACUACGUCAUUAGUUGUUGUGCAGGCCUUACCCAACCUGUUUAAACCAGAACUAAGUCAUUAGUUGUUGUGCAGGCCUUACACAACCUGUUUAAGCCAGAACUACGUCAUUAGUUGUUGUGCAGGCCUUACACAACCUGUUUAAACCAGAACUACGUCAUUAGUUGUUGUGCAAGCCUUACACAACCUGUUUAAACCAGAACUACGUCAUCAGUUGUUGUGCAGGCCUUACACAACCUGUUUAAACCAGAACUACGUCAUCAGUUGUUGUGCAGGCCUUACACAACCUGUUUAAACCAGAACUACGUCAUUAGUUGUUGUGCAGGCCUUACACAACCUGUUUAAACCAGAACUACGUCAUCAGUUGUUGUGCAGGCCUUACACAACCUGUUUAAACCAGAACUACGUCAUUAGUUGUUGUGCAGGCCUUACACAACCUGUUUAAACCAGAACUACGUCAUCAGUUGUUGUGCAGGCCUUACACAACCUGUUUAAACCAGAACUACGUCAUUAGUUGUUGUGCAGGCCUUACACAACCUGUUUAAACCAGAACUACGUCAUCAGUUGUUGUGCAGGCCUUACACAACCUGUUUAAACCAGAACUACGUCAUUAGUUGUUGUGCAGGCCUUACACAACCUGUUUAAACCAGAACCACGUGAUGAACACAUAUCUAUCAGCAGAGUUUUGGAUAUGAAAGGGGACAAAUAAUCUCCAAUCAGCUGCUUUGGUACCGAUAUUUAGAACAUAAUGAUGAGUAGAUAUACAUUCCCAAACUGUUCUAUAUAAAUAUGUAUAAUCCAACUUUUAUAUGAUACCCGAUACCUCAUUGCAGUUUAUGUAUUGCCUCUCUUAUAAAUUGGCCUGUAUGUAUUCCUUCCACUACACGAGAACUCGACAAGUUAAGUGCUGAUACAUUUGUCCAGUCUGUUUUGGAAAUUGUGAUUUUCGAAACGUUUUUGUAAAUAAAACAAAAUCUUAAUUUUUUUUAUUUACCAUUGGCAAUUUUUUUUUUUGCCUUGAUUGAUACUUAUACUGUAUGCCUAUUUAUUUAUUUGAUUGAUACUUAUACUGUAUGCCUAUUUAUUUAUUUGAUUGAUACUUAUACUGUAUGCCUAUUUAUUUAUUUAUUUAUAUUUUAUUAAAGUGACUUAUAGAACUAAA